AUGCUUUUGGAAAUAAUAUCAGGGAAGAGAAAUAGCAGCAAGCAAUACGAAAGUGGAGACAAUUAUUUCCCUCUCAAGGCAGCAAUUCAAGUGAGAGAAGGUAAUGUUCAAUGUUUGUUGGAUAGUAGAUUGCAGGGAAAGGCCAACAUGGAUGAAGUAAACAGAGCUUGCAGAGCUGCUUGCUGGUGUAUUCAGGGCAUAGAAUGUGAAAGACCAACAAUGGGAAUGGUUGUUCAAAUGCUGGAGGGGCUCCUCAAGGUUAAUAUGCCUCCAAUUUCUAGUUUCCUUCGAGGCCUUGUUGUAUAUGGUGAAAGCUUAUUAUCUUCAGACAUCUUAGACGAAGGAAGGAAUCAGUUUGUUGUGCCUUCUUAG